AUGUAUUCACUUCAAAUUAUUCCUCUUGUAUAUGUUUUACUUACUGGAAAAAAUACUGAUGAUUAUAAUAGCCUUUUUGAACAGCUCUUAUUGCAUUAUGUUUAUGAACCUGAGUCUGUUUUAGUUGAUCUUGAGAGUGCUACUCUUAAAUCAACUAAGACAAUGUUUCCCGAAGCUACUCAGAUAGAAGUACAAUCAUUAGGUUUACAAAAUAAAUACACGAAUGAUGAUAAAUUUCGUAUAAACGUAAAAAAACUAAUGGGACUUGCAUUUGUACCUGUUGGUGAUGUACUUAAAGCUUAUUCAUCUUUAAUUAAUGAUUUUGAUGACGAAGAUUAUCUUUUACUUGAUUAUUUUGAACGAGUAUGGGUUGGUCAAAAGAAGAGUAGCCGACGUGAUAAACCAAGAUUUAGUUUACAAUUAUGGAAUAUUUAUGAUCGAGUUAUACAAGACUUGUCAAGAUCUAAUAAUGCCAUAGAGGGUUGGCAUCAUGCAUUCAAUACUAGUGUAUCAAUCAAACAUCCUUCUAUAACUAAACUUGCAAAAUGUAUACUACGUGUACAAGCCAGAUUUGAAAUAGAUAUUGAACGACUUCGUGCAGGUGAACUACCAAAGAAAAAUAAAAAAGAGUUUAUGUUGAUGUUGACGCAAGAUUGA